AUGCACAUGGCUCCAUCAUUUGCACUGCCUCGCUCUGCCCGCCUACAUGCAAAGCGCCCACCCGCUAGAAUUGCCAAUUGCGUUGCCUGUCGCGGCCCGCUGUACAUGCUGAGCACAUGCAGCCAGGCCAAAAGUUGUGACUCUUCAACAUAUGCUGUCCGUCUUCACCUUGCUGGAGAGGAGGUUCAGCGGUGCUUUUCAACACGAGAGGAAGCACUUACCUUCCAGCUUGAGCAGCUGAACGCAAAGCUAUCAUGGCCACGCCAAGCACUUGACCAGCUGCCGCAAAGAUCGCCUCUGUGGGACCAUCCGGAGGAGCUGGAGCUGCAGAAGCAGUAUGCAUUUCGUGACGUGACCCUUGCAAGAAAGCAGUCCAGCGAGGAGGCUGCUGAAGGUCAUGCGCUGACACUUGAGCAGUUGGAGUCAUACCGGGAUCGUGGUUUUCUGUUGGGCUUGCCGAUCCUAGAGGGCGACGACCUCGUGAACGUACGGCAGCAGUUUGAGGAGAUGCUAGCGGAGCGUACAGACAGAGCUCCUGAUGCCGAGUCCAGAUUCCGAGCAGCACAUACCCUCAACCGUCCACUGCACCAGGCCGUGGUACAGAGCAUGGCGAACAACCCCAGGGUUCUGGCCAUCAUCCAGGACAUCCUGGGGCCUCAAUUCUGCUGUUGGAGUGCCCACCUCUUCUGCAAACUGCCGGGUGACCCGACCUCCCAGCCGUGGCAUCAGGAUGCGGGCUUCUGGCCGCUUUCGGAGUCACGUGCCGUUACCUUGUGGCUGGCAUUUGAUGAUGUGGACGAGUCCAAUGCGGCCGUACACUUCAUUGAAGGCAGCCAUCGCUUGGGGCGGUUGCCGUGGAAGGCAACAAAUACAACCCACCACCUGUUGACGCAGGAGAUUCCGGAUGUGGACUUGCUGGGUGCUCCGGUUCCGCAAAGAUUGCACGCUGGAGAAGCGUCAGUGCACUGUGACCUAACAGUUCAUGGCAGUCUCGGCAACGACAGUGAUCGGCGACGAGCUGGGCUGGCGCUGCGUUUUGUUGGCUGUGAUGCCACCUGCCUGGGUGCCAUGCUGAACGGCUUUCAGAUGAACAGCGCCUGCAUCCUGCCCAGGGGGAAGCACUCAGAUCCUCGCGGCCACUGGAAGGCCUUGAAGCGAAG